CCCCUGAGAGGACAGGCCUGCUCUGCGGGAUAUACUUCUGAAGGCUGCCCUCAGGACGACGGCCGUGACUGCGGACACCCCUGGACUCCAGCGCCUCAGACCCAGGCCCCUCUUCCCGGAAGGGUCUCCUGGAAGCCGCUCCGCGUCUCCAGACCCCCAGAGCCAGCCGCAGAGUCACGGCAGGGAGACUAGAUUCCUCAUGCAGGAGCAGAGACCCUCCAAGCGCUUUCGCUCAAUGGCCACUAAUCAAGGUGUUCAUCCCCAGGAGACAGGCUGCCCUGGUGCAGAAGGCGGAGACCCUGGGGGGGCAGCCGGACCCCCGCAGCCAGGCCAGCCCUCGAGACCCUUUGCUUAUGUGAACCCCAUGAGAUGUGAGACCCCCGCUUUCGUGGAAUCGGCUCGCCUUGCACAGAGAGGCCGAGGCCGCCGCAGGGGAGAUAGCCAGAGGGCUGAAAGAGGCCGGGGCAGGGACCCCCACCUGCACAGGGACCCCCAACUGCAGGAGGGGCCGGGACACCUGCUGGGGCCAGAUCUGCAUUUGGAGCUGGACAGCGGAGAGGUGCCCGAACAGCCCGCGGAGCCAGACGCCAGGGAGACCCCUUUCACCAGAGCAGCCAUGGCGGCUGCGGCACACGGACAUGUGCUGCAGGACCCCGGCCCCAGCAGUGACACACCUGGGAUGAGACCCCAGGGGCUGCCCAAUGCCUCCGGGUUCUGGGGUCUCAGGGAGGUCCAGCCUUCCGCCUGUUCCUACGUUGGGUUCAUACCCUCGGGCUCGGCUUUGAUAGUCAUGCAGACACCCUCCGGCACCUACCUGUAUUCGGUCACAGUGCCCUAUGCCCACCACAGCCAGCCCCUCUCUCUCUGACCUGGGCAUUUGCUAAAUACUCCAGGAGACCCGCCCCUCAACUGGAGUCCCAUUCCUGUCCCCACUGUCUCCCCCGCUACCUGUACUGCCGGACUGAGCCUGCAAGCUCCCCCAGGAUCCCGGCAGGCCCAGGUCUGCUUCCCACAGGACAGGCAGUGCCGAGGGACAGAGCAGUGCACGGGGUGUCUAGGCAGAGGGAGCCCCAGGAUGCGGACGAGACGGAGAAGCUGUGAUCGGAGCUUCCCAGCGAGCGGCUGCAGGUCACGAUACUGACGGCGGUCCCCCAGCAGCCUGUGAAACGUGGCCAGUGGUUCGUUCCCCUCUGAAGAAAAACGCGGAUCCUGAGUGGGUGUGAGAGUGACACACGUGGAUGAGGCUUGGUUAAAGAGGAAAUUCCAAGAGCUGCCUGUGAGGUGAGACGUACAGGGAAAGCAGAACUUGCCUGACAUCUACACUCCCCCAAAAGCAUCGGUGAUUCCGAGAAAGCCAUGAGGAGACCCCCUCGGAUCCUGGAGAGCAUACGACCCUUAGUCUCGAAUUCCAUAACCUGGACCGGGUGGUGCGUGGACAGGAGGGGCCGGGGCGCCGUCGAGGCACAGGAAAGGGGCCUGAAUCCUAGUCAGAGCGGCCCGAAGUGGGAGCUUCCUCUGAGCUCGAGAGCUCACAGGCUGAUAACAAAGCCCCUUCCUGUGAAAGCCGGCUCCAGGCGAGUUGUUUUGCUGCCUGCCCUGAAAGCACAGAUAAUGCUUUUCAGCCGGGAAAAAAAAAAAAGAAGUGGGAAGAAAAGAGAAAGAAGUGGGAUGCAAGAAGGACCAGAAAGCAAGGAAAUGGGUAAACUGUAUUAUUAAGUCUGAAUAAGUAUGAUCCUCGAAGAAAGAUGAAUAAUCUGGAAUUGAAAUUCCAGAAGGGGACUUCCCUGGUGGCGUAGUGGAUGAGAAUCCCCCUGCCUGUAGGGGCUUCCCUGGUGGCGCGGUGGUUGGGAAUCUGCCUGCCAAUGCAGGGGACACGGGUUCGAGCCCUGGUCUGGGAAGAUCCCACAUGCCGCAGAGCAACUAGGCCCGUGAGCCACAACUGCUGAGCCUGCGCGUCUGGAGCCUGUGCUCCGCAACAGGGGAGGCCGCGAUAGUGAGAGGCCCACACACCGCAAUGAAGAGUGGCCCCCACUUGCCGCAACUAGAGAAAGCCCUCGCACAGAAACGAGGACCCAACACAGCCAUAAAUAAGUAAAUAAAUAAAUAAAUAAAAUUUAAAAAAAAAAAGGAAUCCGCCUGCCAAUGCAGGGGACAUGGGUUUGUUCCCUGGCCCGGGAAGAUCCCACAUGCCGUGGAGCAACUAAGCCCGUGCGCCACAACUACUGAAGCCCGUGCGCCUAGAGCCCGUGCUCCGCAACAAGAGAAGCCACCGCAAUGAGAAGCCCGCGCACCGCAACAAAGAGUAGCCCCCACUCGCCGCAACUAGAGAAAGCCCGCGCGCAGCAACGAAGACCCAACGCAGCCAACAAAUAAAAUUUAAAAAAAAAAAAAAUUCCAGAAGGCAUUGACAUUGAAAUUUGGGGGAUGUAGGAGUUCAGAGGAGCUAAAAAUUUCUGAAAUUCUAGUCCUGGAAUCCUGUAGAUGCUCAACCUGAGGGAGAAGAGGAACCCUGGGCAUUUGUAAGCAGGUGGCCCCACUGGUAACUUCUAAAGGAGAUAGAGUAGAAUGAAUAAUUCCAAACAGAUUGAGGAACACGUGGAUCCAAGAAAAUUUGAUGCAUCAAACAAAAGGCAGAGGGGGUAAUAGAAACAAGGAGAAAGCAGGACACGUUUAAAAUGCUAAGUAAGGAGCAAGUAAGUGGGUGGCGGCCUCCGUGCUCCUGGCUUCAAAGGGGAUAUUUUACACACUGACCAUUAAGCAGGUGUUUCCUGUACUUUUCUCAUAGACAUGUUUGAUCAAGUCUAGAUCACUCCCAUCUGAGUUUGAUAUGAGGUUUAUUAUGAAUUGGAUUUUGUAUUUUAUUAAGUAGGCUUUGACCGCCUGAUUUUGAUUCAUUUGUAAGAGAAAACGUCCAAGGUAAAUGAGAAUUUUUCCCAUGAAAGAUUUUUUUCUUGUGUAU